CAUAUCUGUUUCAAUAGUCUCGAUUACGACCACUCGUAGCACUAUUAAAAAAAAAAAAAAAACAGUUCCAAUCAAUGAAAUCCAAUGGAUUUCAACAUCUCUUUCUUCUACCAUCCCUUAUCACAAAGCUCUCUUUUUCCUCUUGUUCUAGCUUCCAUGUUUUAAGUUUUCAAGCUCCGUUUUUGCUUUGAAAGUUUGGGGUUUUAAUGCAGUGUUCAUUUGAAUAUGCAAAAAUUGGAGAUGGGUUUGGAGUUGUAUGUUGUUUGAUUGUUAGUAGUGAGAGAUAUCUCUGUGUUUUGUUGUUGUAGUUGUUGUUGCUGCUGUUGCUUUUGUGUUGAAAAAUGGCUGCCACUGGUUUAAGGCAGUUGUUGAACAGUUUUUGCACCAAUUCACCAUGGAAAUAUGCUGUACUUUGGAAGCUUGGGCACCAGAGCCCCAUGAGUUUGACGUGGGAAGAUGAAUAUUUUGUUUAUCCAAUACCAAGUGAAUCAAUGGAAAGUAUCUCAAGUGAUGUUUAUUCUAAUAGUGAGAUUAUCCCAUCCCAAUUUGAAUCAAGCAUGGACUUGGUGGUGGCUCAUAUGUCUCAUUUGAAGUACACAUUGGGGAAGGGGGUUGUGGGUAAAGUAGCACAUACAGGGAAGCAUUAUUGGGUUUCCUAUGAUGACAUUUUCACUAGCAAAGCUAAUUGGACGAUGGUUGAUGAGUGUCCAGAGGAAUGGCUAUUUCAAUUUGCAUUAGGAAUUAAGACAAUUGUGUUGAUACCUGUGCUUCCACAUGGAGUAGUGCAACUUGCAUCAUUGGAGAUGGUUGCUGAAGAUUCGUCCAUUACAGCAUUCAACAAAGAUAGAUUUACAUGUAACAGCAUUCACAUCGAGUUGCCUUCGUCACCAAUAUCAAGUCUCCCAGAGAACUUAGAAGAGUCUUCAACCAAUGCAUCGAUGAACCCAUUGAACUCCGAAGAUCCAAACACGGUCGACACUGUCAACCGCUACACGUUCCACGUUCCUGGAACAUAUUUAUAUGAGAUUCUUGACAUUGAAUGUGAAAAUAGGACCAAUGUCACCAAUGCCAGUUUCUUUAGCUUUCCCAAAGGUUGUGAAUUACAUAAAGCACUACUAGGACCACCUUUUCGAAGACAAAGCAAUGAAUCUUUGUGGGAGAAUGAGGGCCUUUUUAGCGGCCUCGAGCCGGGCUUGAUGUUAGCCGAAGGCAGUGAACCAGAUUACCUGUUGGAAGCUGUGGUUGGUCAUGUUUACGAGGGUUCUUUCGAUAUGCCUAAUCGAUCAAAUACACAACUUCCUACAUCUUCUCAACCUCAAACCGUGGAGAGUGACUAUUACGGAGAAACCCAAAAAGGACCAAAGCAGUCCAGCAUCAAAGUAAGAAGGGCUAAACCGGGUGACAACCCAAAGGCUAGGCCAAGGGAUAGACAGUUGAUCCGAGAUCGGCUUAAAGAGCUUCGAGAACUUGUUCCAAAUGGUGCUAAGUAUAGCAUUGAUGGUCUCUUGGAUCAAACCAUUAAACACAUGAUGUAUUUAAGGAGAGUGACCAACCAAGUUCAGAAAUUGCAGCAAUGGGCGCACCGCGAGGUGACCAGUCGUAAGAAUAUUAGAUCAUCUGAAACCAAAGAAAAUUACCAACUCGAAACAAGUUGGGGCUUCGAGAUCGGAGAUGAACCGAAUGUAUACCCCAUUUUUGUGGAAGAUCUUCCAUAUCCAGGCCACUUACUCAUAGAGCAGAUGCUUUGCAAUGAACAUGGUCUAUUUCUAGAGAUAGCUCAAGUGAUCCGAAGUUUUAAUCUAACAAUCUUGAAGGGUGUAAUGGAGAGUUAUGCAAACAAUACAUGGGCUCAUUUCAUUGUUGAGGCUUCAAGGAGCUUUCAUAGAUUGGAUAUUUUCUGGCCUCUGAUGCAGCUUUUACAGCGUCAAAGGAACCCAAUUUCAAGCAAAAUUUAAUAUAAAGUCAGAGUUUGUAUUUGAUACACAAUCAAUUAAUGUAUAUAUUUAUAUAGUAACAAUAAAUUGCACGCUGACACUUUUUAAAAGUUUUCACAAAUUCAUAAAUUAAUACAAUUAGCAUAAAUUUAUCUUAAUGUUAAAAA